AUGGGUGUUCUGGGGAUGCUACUAGCAAGCUUUUAUCUUGGUAAGAUAAUCUUUUACUCGGUGCUUCUUCCAACUUUAGAUGUCAAUGACUAUCGAAUCAAACGAAACCUGAGAACAAGCGGCUUGUUGUCUACGACAGAGAACGAAAAGAACGCUGAAGACAGAGUGCUCACUUUUCCCGCUCUUAACAAAUCGAAGCAAACGGCUUCGUCUGUAACAUCGAGGGCAGUUGAUGCUACAUUUAAGCUUGUACGUGAAUAUAUCAUCAUAUCUAAGCAGGCAAAAGCCGACGAAGUGUUCAAAGCGAAUGGUUUGGAGAAAGUCAUGGACGAUAUACUUCUUACACAUGCCAAGUAUACCUCGUGGAAGAACAAAGUGCUGUCAGAGUACGAGUACAAUGAUCCAGCCGCCUUUAAAGCGAUGUACAAAACUUUAAUUUUCAAGAAAGAUGAAGCGAGAGUUCUAAAGAUAGUGCAAGAUGGCCUCAAGUCAGAAACUGGAUCAGUAGUAUUGUUAGCUGAAGAAAUGGAGGAGGCGAUGACAAAGUACUGCGUCGAAUCAUAUCUUAAGACUUCUCAAAUUUGA